GUUCUAAAAUAACCGUCGCUCUGCACACACAUAGCACCUUGACAAGCACACACACGUACAAACCCCGAGACAUGCCUCUUGCGUCUUUAUGAAUUCGCUAUGAAUUAUUACUCUACUAUUGUAAUGAAAGAUACAUCAGGGGCAGGCAGUAGUUAGUAACGUGUGUGGUGACCGUCUAUGACAGCUGGCUUUUGGGUUACCGUUGUUGUUACAUGCUUCAGUAAUCGAACAGUGUAUGGCAAUAGCGCGGUGCCUGUGUAGGGGAAACAUUGUGGGAAUGCAUGUACCAUCAAGUUCUAUUAUUACUCCAAAACUGUGUGUACAUGCUAGAUAGCUGUGUGCGCACAGAUCACUGUCGACCGUCACUGACUACUAAAGGAAAUAUCUGAUUUAGAAUGGUGCAGUACAUUCCGUCCAUGAACAACCCCCAUUUGGAAUAUCGCAGCAGCAUACGGACUGCACGUACAUGAAAACACACUUGAGAUCUUCAACUCGACAUGGAUGGUGUAUUGUUAUCGUCGAUUGUUAUCAGGAGAACAAUAAGCGCUGCUCCCUCUGCACCUCUUCACGUCAACAUUGCCGAGGUGAGCCAGUGAUAUAAUCGACGACCGUGUGUUUGCUUGCUGAAGAUAAAACCGCUGUAUAUGUGUGACGUCGACUAAAGACCACUGCUGCUAUUACCAUGCAAAUCACUGUUGGUUGGUCACCCCCAGUUGUGUACUCAUUGAUUGGUAGUGGGUCCUGCCUGUGAUGAUGAUAUUAAUAACACGUUGAAUGCUAUGGGGCCUGGCAGCAAGAGAGAUUGGAUAUUAUACCAGUAUCAUCCAGAGCAGCGUGGUGAUCACUUGAUAGAGAAGUUCUUGCCAUAAAAACUCCCGUUAACAAAUGCCUGCCUUGACACUUGAACGCGAGCUUGGAAACCAUGUGCGUUGUCGUUCUGCGUGAUACACACACACCCCUUCGCAUUAGACUUAGGUGGAACAGCAACCCAUGUGCACCCAUCCCAUGUUCUUCUGUGGAGAAGGAGUUUAAGUCUUCGGUUAGUGUAUUAUGACAUCUGGAACGACAACCUCCAAUGACUAAGAAUUGGUUGGAUUAAAUUGUUGAUAAGUGACGCGGCCGGUCAGUUAAAAUGAAGCUCAAACAGAGGGCCCUUAUGGCCAUGGUGGGUACUAGCGUAGCUACAGCUGUUUUCAUCAUGGUCAUGAUACUAGACCUGAGCCCUGUUUCCAUGUACCAUCACGGUGCGCAAGCAGAGUCGCCCCAGGGUGGUCCGGUCGGGGCCUAUCCCCCGAGGGGAGACGACCAUCCUGCCGUACACCUACGGAGACAAUUGGGUAAGAGUGCCUCACGCUCCGGGGUUGUCGUCAUCAACUCGACCGUGGUGCGACACCCGCACGAUCUGGACCCUCUAUCAAACCCGGGUAAUCCUAUCGAGAGACAUGAACACAUUAUACAAAGCAACUCAAGAAGUACCCGUGGACCACCACCCCAACAACCAGACAGCUCAAGACCAAAACGACCCGAUGGUUUCCCAGAUGAGGGCAAUUUCUACAACUCUCACCAUAAGUGGUUGAAGACACAACCGUCGAAACUGAAACAAAACACUGGGAAAUACGAAAGACUUAUGGCCAUGCCUUCGUCUACUAAAGUACCAUCAGACGCGGAUCCACUAUUACAUAUACAAGGGAAAAAAUAUGUUGGAGCGCACGAUCUGAAAAUUUGGGAGGCAUUCCAGCAUAAAAUCAACAGAUACGAAGUUUACUCAAAUUUUUCGGAGGUCGAUGAACUUUUAGACUACAUCGUGACGGAAGCAAUAUACGGAGUUGAUGAGAAAUCUGGAGGUACCCAAGUGAAACUUAUUAUUACAUAUGAUGACGGAGGUCAUUCACUCUUCAAGCCUUGGAGGGUACCACGAGAAUAUGAAACAUUACCGAAUCAUUUCUACUUCUCGGAUAUCGAGCGCCACAACGCUGAAAUAGCAGCAUUUCACCUUGAUAGAGUUUUAGAUUUUCGGAGGGCGCCACCUGUUGCUGGCCGCUGGUUCAAUUUGACAUCAGAUAUCUACGAUUUGGCCGAUUCGGGACUCCGUAAAACUUUUUUUCGUUCACCUGCUAAUAAUAUAUGUUUCGUGGGUCAUUGUUCCUACUAUUGCGAAACUGAGACGGCUGUUUGCGGCCAGCCAGAUAUGAUCGAGGGCUCCAUAGCUGCCUACCUGCCUUCAUUCAAGUCAGCGCCUCGUAAAACGUGGCGGCAUCCAUGGCGAAGAUCAUACAGUAAACAUAGAACAGCCGUAUGGGAGCAGGAUCCGGCGUACUGUGAGCGGGUUGUCAUGAAUAAACACCCGUACAAAACUGGACGGAGACUACUCGACCUUAUGGACAUGUGCGUCUUUGACUUUUUAAUAGGUAACAUGGACCGCCAUCAUUACGAGACAUUUGAGGCCUUUGGAAACUUUACAUUCCCGAUUCAUUUAGAUCACGGAAGAUCGUUUGGUAAACAUCAUCAUGACGAGUUAUCCAUUCUCGCACCACUAUUCCAAUGUUGCCUUUUACGAGAGACGACCUACAACCGGCUGGAGCUGCUGGCCACGGAGAAGUUUAAACUGAGUGACGUCAUGCGCGAAUCACUCUCACGUGACUUGUUAUUUCCGGUGGUGAUAGAAGCCCACUUGGAGGCGAUGGACAGACGGCUUCAGACAAUCCUGGGCCAGGUGGAGAAAUGCUUCCAGAGGAAGAACAAAUCGAAGGUUCUGAAACCCGAACCUCGGUUGAAGGACUACAUAGAACCCGAACAGUUAACAAAAGUCGAAGACUUUGAGGACGAGUACUGACCACUCUAGAAAAAAAACUACACACAAAUGUUGCUGCUUUGUGUUAACUCCAAAUUAUUUAAAGCAAGCAAGUUUUGUUUAAUUGACUGAAGUCACAAUUGAACAAGGGUAUGUGUGCUUUUACUUUUGGCAAAAAAGCUCUUAAGUCUGUUGGAAAUGAGGUAAGCUUUUUGCGUUUACAUCGACUUCUAGAACGCGUGGCCGUUUUUUUUUUAAAGAAAAAAUAAAAGAAGUUUUUGUCUGAGUUUUUGAUGUAAGGGAUAUUUUUUAUAUGGAUACCAAAGAGUUCCAGAGGAAAGUGUGUAUCACAAAGGUACAGGAGAUCUAUUUUUUCUUGUGUGAAGGUCCAAGGUACUCCGCAAAUUCCAGAAAAUUCAGUCUGAAAGGGAAAUUUAAGAAAAAUGCUUUGUUUUCCAAAGUUGGUGGAUUGAAGAAAAACACAAAUCUAAUUGAAUCUACAAAAUAAUUGAAAUGUUAUUCGAUUUGUUUUAAAUCAGUUAAUCUGUCCAUCUUCCGUUGAAGAAAUAUUUCUUUACUGAAACCAGCUGAUUUUCUUUUUAUUUCUCAGCUGGUUUUUAUUUUACUUGCAUUAACACAAACGAAUCACACAGAUGUGUGUGAUGGUGAUUUUCUGCUUAUUGAGUAGAAGUAUAUAAUAUUCUGUCUUUGUUUUCUUUAAAAAGUUGCUAAUUUUUAUGCUGUUAAAAACAAUAUGUUUUGUUUCUACUGAGUUGUUGAUAACAAUCAAAUUACCAUUCAUGUAAAUUGUUUCAAUUUGUGUGUGACAAAAAUGCUGUAAGACAGCAGUCAAUCACAAAUUCGUGGAUGAGCGAAUAGUAAAACCACUUACAAACUUUACGUUUUAUUUGUCUUAAAAAUAAUUGACAAUUUCAAGAAAAGUUGAAAAGAUCAACUUUGAUGGUGUCAUCUACCUAUUUUGCCCCAGUUUUGGUAGCUUUUUUCUAUUUUUUUUUGUGCGCCAAGGGUCACGUGCCUACGAGUGACUUAGUUUUUAUAAACACAUCAUCUCAUAAUGAUUUAGUGGGGCUUUAAUGUUACGUCAUUGAUGCUCGCUAUUGGCACACAAAGAUGGAGACAUAAGCAUCGGCGUGGCCAUGUUGCCACUCCUUACAGGACACUGACAAGAAGAAACGCCCUACAUAAGUAUCGACGCUGUCAUGUCGCCACUCCCUGACAGGAAAAAGCAUUGGUUACCACAAGAAACGCCCUCUCGUGUGUUUCUUCUCUUUUCUCAUUUCCUGUUAGACUUCUUGGCCCCUGUCUUUGACUGCUUAUCUCUCUGUAUGUGAAAUGAAUGUAGGUCAAAGUUGCAUAUACAUUCCGGCUGGAGGCUGGUCUCUGGCGUUAUUCACGAGCCUCGAAGUGUGACGUCAAAAUGUGCAGGCUAGUUUCCUGUGAAAUAAGAAUUCCCGCAUGGUGGCUGGCGUCAUUGUAUGUCGUUGCAGGCAUUCCUUGGAAAAUGUUAGACUUUGUGGGUGCGUUCGUUUAGCUUCCCUGGGUCGACCCCGGUCUGCCCCCGGUGCAUUUGAAUAGCUUUGACGUCAU